AUGUCGACUGCCGCUGUAGCGCAGCUCCAGGCUGAGGUCAACCGCCUCCGACACGAGCUCUCCACCGUAAAGGCCCAUGAGCAGUCUCCCGAAUCUGGCGAGCAGAUCUUUGUCGGACAGUAUCUUGUCGAAAGGCUUGUGCAGCUCGGCGUCACGAAAAUGUUCGGAGUUCCAGGAGAUUUCAAUCUUGGCUUCCUUGACUUUGUCGAAGAUCACCCCAAAAUAGAUUGGGUCGGCAACUGCAAUGAACUCAACGCUGCAUACGCGGCUGAUGGCUAUGCGCGCGUGAAGGAAACAAGUCUUGGUGUCGUCCUUACAACCUUCGGCGUUGGUGAACUGAGUGCGAUAAAUGGUAUUGCCGGAGCGUUCUCCGAACAUGUCCCUGUAUUGCAUAUCGUUGGUGUCCCCAGUACUUCUCAGCAGAAGAACAAGCCCAUGCUCCAUCACACUCUCGGUGAUGGACGGUUCGACGCGUACUACCGGGCCGCUGAGCAAGUCACAAUCUCUGCGGCAAGUCUGGAGUCAAAGGACACCGCUGCUGCUCAGAUCGACCGAAUUCUUACAGACUGUUUGGUCAUGGCGCGCCCCGUGUACCUCAUGCUGCCAACCGAUCUCGCAUACGAGCGCAUACCCUCGUAUCGUCUGAAGACCCCAAUCAACUCUAACCCGCCGGACAACGACCCUGACGUGGAGCAGUUCGCUCUCGACGAAAUUGUGAAGCUCGUCCAGGAGGCGGACGAGGACGUGAUCAUCCUCGCCGACGCGUGCGCUAUCCGGCAUGGGGUGAAGCAGGAGAUCGCUGAGCUCGUGAAGCGCACGGGAUUCCCCGUGUACGCCGCCCCAAUGGGCAAGACCGCCGUCGACGAGAGCUACGAGCGGUACGGCGGCAUCUACGUCGGCUCGAUCAGCCAUCCAGAUAUCAAGGAAAAGGUUGAGAGCGCGAAGCUCAUUCUGUCUAUCGGUGCUCUGAAGAGUGACUUCAAUACUGGCAACUUCACCUACCACAUCCCCGCAUCGCGUACGAUCGAGCUGCACUCCGAUCAUAUACGUGUGCAAUUUGCAAUGUUCCCGGGCAUCGGCAUGAAGCGUCUUCUACCGAAGCUGACCACCCGCCUGCAGCCAUUCCACGAGGGCGCGAAGCAGAUCUCGGUGCCCCCGUUCGUGUUCCCGGUGCCGCAGGAAGACAACGACAUAAUCUCGCAGUCGUGGCUGUGGCCCCGCAUGGGCCAGUUUUUCCGCCCGAAGGACAUCAUCGUCGCGGAGACGGGCACGUCGAGCUUUGGUGUGCUCGAGGUGCCGUUCCCGCGUGGGGCGGUAUUCGUGAGUCAGAUCCUAUGGGGCUCGAUCGGCUGGACGGUCGGCAGCACGCUGGGCGCGGCGCUGGCGGGCGUAGACCUGGGGUACAAGCGCACGAUCCUCUUCAUCGGCGAUGGUAGUCUGCAGCUGACGGUGCAGGAGCUGUCGGUGAUGAUGCGCUCGGGCGUGAAGCCGAUCAUCUUUGUGCUGAACAACAAGGGCUACACGAUCGAGCGGUACCUGCACGGGAUGGAGCGCAAGUACAACGACAUCUCGAAUUGGAAAUGGACACAGCUGCUCGACACGCUCGGAGGACAGGAGGGUAAGAACUGCCUGUCGUACCUGGUGCGGAAUAAGUCCGAGCUGUCAACACUGUUGGACGACCCGACGUUUGCCGCGGCAGACAAGAUUCAGCUCGUAGAGAUGUUGAUGGACCCGCGCGACGCGCCGAACGCGCUCAAGCGGCAGGCUGAGCUGAGCGGGAAGACGAACCGCUACGUCGCUGAGCUCCCGUCGGGCGUUGGCGAGGCUGUCUAA